AUGUUAGCGGUAAGGUGGCCGCGCAGUGCAAAAGGCAGCUGCAACAAGCAGAGCUCGGAGGCCUCUCGAGCGCGCCAAAGCGGCGCCCGAAGCGCCGCUGGAGAGGCGAUGUCGGCGCCGCCGCCGCCGGGCUUCCCAGAUCCAGCGUACUCGCCUGCCGCACCUUCGAUGCCGUCGGCUCCUUCAAUUGGUUCCAUGCCUUCGGCACCGUCGAUGCCUUCGCCCACCAUGCCGGUUCAGCCCAUGAGCAUGCAGGCGCACAUCCAGGCGCAGAUUCAGUUCCAGGCCCAGAUGCAAGCGCAAGCCCACCAGGCUGGCUGUCGACUUCUCCGUUUGGGCGGCCAGCCUUUCUUGCCUCUUUUCCGAGAGCAAGCCGGAAAGCAGCCAUGGACCUGGAGCAGCCUGAUUCGGGAGAACCAGUGGCAGACCUUGUAUUUGGUGAGACCCGACCGCGCAUGCGCUGCCCGGUGA